UUUUAUGUACUGAACAAUGUAAAGAUCGGUUAUUUGACCACUUACUAAAUGAUAGGAGUGGGUCAUAAUUAAGGAUUUGUGUUUUCUGUGGUGCACGUCUGGCUGGAUCAGUUGUUAGAGCAUGCAGUUCUUGAUCUCUGGGUUGUGAGUUCCAACCCCAUGUUAGGUGUAGAGAUUACUUAAAAAAUAAAAUCUUUAAAAAAAAAAGAAGAAGAACUUGUGUUUUCUGUGUUCUUAUUGCCUUCUCCAUACUUUUUGAAUGUGAUCCUCCCCACCUGCCCACAUAAGGAAAUGAAUUCCAGAAUUCUGCUGAGUUGAAAGGCUCACUAAUACCAAAGGUGGCUGUUACCAGUUUUUUUGUUUUUUUUUUUGGUCAGUGGCAAAACUGAGUUCUCUUUCAGUAUCUACCUUCCUGAUUUUAAGAAGAGAAUUACCAUAAGUGAGAUUUACUAAGAAAUAGAGGGAACAUGUUAUGUUCUAGAUUGCACAUGAUGAUGAGUGAGAAACUCAUCAUUUACAAUCUAGUUACCCUUCCUUUAAGAACAGACAUCUCCUAGGCUAGAUGUGAGAUGAAUCUUGAGCUUUUUGCAUUCAUAAUUUUAAAAGCUUACCUCUAGGCAAUAACCCUUAAAGAAAUUACAUAGUUCUUCCAACUUAAUCUGAGGUAUUUGGAAGAACCUUCUGUUUCUUUAGUGUACAAAAGUGGCUACACAAAGAUUUAAAAUUGAAUGGUAGGUGUGCCUGGAAAGCUCAGUUAGCUAAGCUUCUGACUUUUGACCUCAGCUCAGGUCUUGGUCUCCCUGGGCUCCGUGCUGGGCUUGAAGCCUACUUAAAAAGAUAAAAUUGAACGGUAGUACUCUGUUUCAUAAAUUUGUUGUUGUUGAUGGUUGUUAGGUCAUACAUAUUUUAUAUUCUUCAGCAAUUAAUGUAAUUUAAAAGAAAUAAGGGAUUUGGUAUACUGUAAUAAUAAAACAGCUUUGUUUACAAAUGUUUUUUACUUUCUGUGUGGAGUUUUCCUUUUCAGAUAGGACAAGUUUGGUUGUUUCAUGCAAAUAGAUCAAGAAAAGCCUUUUAAAAGAAGAAGAAGAAGUGAAAGGUUUUUGUUUUUCGUUAUCAUUUUAAUGAUAAUUACACCUAAACAGUCAUUUUCUGUCUCUGAGAAAGAACUGGUUAACACUUUCUUGCACCCAAUCCUGUUUCAUUCACAAACAGGAUUUCAUUCUGUGAGCCUUUCUGUUGCCUACUCCACAGUUCCGUGUUUUGGAAUUGGCCAUUGCCCUUUGGGGUCAAAAACCAUAGUGCUAACCACACAGGUUUAGAAAAGUAGAAAGUUUCUUCCUCCCCAGUAUUUUUAUCUGUAAACUUCAAGUAUCUUCCUAGCCAGUAAGUAAGGUUCUUUUAAAAAUUAUGGUUUCAUGUAAGAAUUAAAAGUUCUUCACAUAAGUGUUAAUUGGUUUUUUUUUUUUCUUUCAAAAAUGGCAGUGUUCACUUACUUAUAAGCCUGGGAGUAGGCAGGGACUUCUGACUAAAAAUAAAAAUAAAAUGAACUUUGAACUUGGUAAUGUUACAGCGUUAUAGUUUGCGUGGAAGUAACAUUUUUAUUUGUAUAUUUUGACAGGACAAAGGCAUAGAAAGAAAAACUAUAAACUUAAACAAUUUUUAAAGUAUUUUGAACUUUGGAAGAAAAUAAAAGUUUUUAGCUCAAUAAAACUCACCUUGUAGAAACUUUUCUAUCCCAAAAUAUACUUUACAUAGCAGCAAUGAUUUGCACACCCACCCCCAUGAAAUCUAGAAUCAAGCAUCAAUCAAAUCAAUCAUUUUGGUUAUAUAAUCUUGUUUUAUCUAAUAUCCGUUGAAAAGUGUCCUAACUGCAUAUCUGUUCAACAGUUUGGGAAAAUUCUGAAGGCAUCUCUGAUUUAUUGGAUCAGUAAAGCUACUCUGUAUUGUUUUCUUUUAAGACAAACAGUUGCUGUGAAUAUCCCCUUUGUAACUGUUAGUAUUGCUACUUCCUAGUAGGGAUUGAAAAAUUGAGAAACUUUAGCCUGUUUCUUUUACUACAUCUUAGUUAUUUAUAAAAACAUAGGCAUAAAAGCAUAAUGCCUCUUUGGGGUCUUACUGCCACCCAUAUUAUGGUCUUAUAUCAUUUUACAAUUUUUUUAAAGAAGUUUCUAUUUUAAGAUUGUCUUUAAUGUAGACCUAUAUCUGCAACUUAGGUUUCCAAUACAAAAACAGGCUAGAAAGAAAGAAAAGGAAAGAAAGAAAAGUGAGCUCUUUCUCCAGAAAAAGAUAAGAAUUAUACUUCCUCAUAUUUAAUAUUAAUUUCAGUAAAUGUAAAAUUCUGUAAUGGAGAAAUAUAUAGAAUCCUAUCUUGCUGAAUUGUAUGUUCCUGGUUUCUAAUAGUCACACAUAACAAAAACACUAAUAUUUAAGAAACAGAAUUUUAGAGGGAACUAGUCGUCUUUGACAACUUAUACGUAAAAACCUGUUAUGUAUUUUAUUCUGAGGCAUUUUGUAAUGUAUGUAUUUAAGUAUUAAAUUAUUUUGAUUAUCAUCUUGUUUAAGAGAUGAAUAGAGAUGAAUACAGAGAAUAGAAACAGACCUUAAAGAAACUUGGAUUCAGAGAAGUUAAUGGCUUUUCUAAAGUCAUAUAGUCCAGUUAGUGAAAGAGCACCAGAGCACUGGUACAUAUUAACCAGAUGUACCAAAGAAACCUAAUGCUUAAUGAGAAAGAAUAAGAUUUCUUUUUAAGGAGGUACUUUUACCUUGGGUUACUUGAAGUAAUUAUAGGCCAAUUUUACUAUGUUAAAAUGUUACUAGAAACAUUAUCAAGUCCUAGCUGGUGACCUAUUUAUUAAAACAGAAUUGUUCCAAAUUUUUCCUGAUCCCCUGCGGCAUAUGGUAAGUAUUUAAUAAAUGAAAAGGAAUGCCUACCUGACGAGGAAUUAAAAAGCCCUGGACCAGCUCUAAGCAUCCUAUAUUACAGAGUUUUAGAGAAUAUACAAAGUAAUGCUUCAAAUGGAAAAAGUUGAGUUGCACAUAGAAGAUGCAUCUUACCCCAAAAAUAUUACUGACUGCAUGAUUCAGACUUUCCCAUGGUUUGGCAUGGACAUUGGGGGGACUCUAGUAAAGCUCUCCUAUUUUGAACCUAUUGAUAUCACAGCAGAGGAAGAACAAGAAGAGGUUGAGAGCUUAAAAAGUAUCCGGAAAUAUUUGACUUCUAAUGUAGCAUAUGGAUCCACUGGUAUUCGGGAUGUACACCUUGAACUGAAGGAUUUAACACUUUUUGGCCGAAGAGGGAACUUGCACUUUAUCAGAUUUCCAACCCAUGACCUGCCUACUUUUAUCCAAAUGGGAAGAGAUAAAAACUUCUCAACAUUACACACGGUGCUAUGUGCUACAGGAGGUGGUGCUUACAAGUUUGAAGAAGAUUUCCGCACAAUUGGAAACCUCCACCUGCACAAACUGGAUGAACUUGACUGCCUUGUAAAGGGCUUGCUGUAUAUAGAUUCUGUCAGUUUCAAUGGACAAGCAGAGUGCUAUUAUUUUGCUAAUGCCUCAGAACCUGAGCGAUGCCAAAAGAUGCCUUUUAACUUGGAUGAUCCCUAUCCACUGCUGAUAGUGAACAUUGGUUCAGGAGUCAGUAUUUUAGCAGUCCAUUCCAAAGACAACUAUAAACGAGUAACCGGGACAAGCCUUGGAGGAGGUACCUUUCUGGGUUUAUGCUGUCUGUUGACUGGCUGUGAAAGUUUUGAAGAGGCUCUUGAAAUGGCAUCCAAAGGUGACAGCACCCAAGCCGACAAGCUGGUCCGUGAUAUUUAUGGAGGAGAUUAUGAAAGAUUUCGUCUGCCAGGUUGGGCUGUAGCAUCUAGUUUUGGGAAUAUGAUUUAUAAGGAGAAGCGAGAAUCUGUUAGUAAAGAAGAUCUAGCAAGAGCAACUUUAGUUACUAUCACCAAUAACAUUGGGUCUGUGGCACGAAUGUGUGCUGUUAAUGAGAAAAUAAACAGAGUUGUCUUUGUCGGAAACUUUUUACGUGUCAAUACUCUCUCAAUGAAACUUUUGGCAUAUGCACUGGAUUAUUGGUCAAAAGGUCAACUGAAAGCAUUGUUUCUAGAACAUGAGGGAUACUUUGGAGCAGUUGGUGCACUUCUUGGGCUGCCAAAUUUCAGCUAAAAAGCAUCCGGUUUCUCUCUGCUAAUAAAUGUCAUCCAAGAGGAACUGAAAACCAGAGGCAUCAUUACUGGGAACCAAAGGAUAACAGAGUAGCACUACUGCUGUUGAUUUUUAAAUGUCAGAAUGGUAAGCUGCUGAAAGUUGCCAUAUUAAAAGAGAGCUUGGUAACAUGUGAAGUAUUUCUAAUUGAAAUGCUUUCCCUUCUGUAUAUAACCAGUGUUAAAUCCUUAAAUGCAAUACAGCCUCUGAUUCUUGA